CCAACAAUAGCGGGGGCACGGGGAGGUGGAGGGGUGGAGUGGAGCAGGAGAGACGCUUUGCGCAUGUGCAAAGAGCUGCAACCCGUUUUCGAGACAGAUGCAGGAAAAGUGAAGAGGGGGCAACGCGGUUUUUCCGAAGGGUUCCUUUCUCUCUUUUUCUCUCCCUCCCACACCCCACCACCACGUGGGGGGGGGGGGAGUGCUGCCCGUAGCAAACAAAGAAGAUCGCAGCUCCGUAGCCGAGGCUCUAGGUGGGAUCGGAGCUCCCCCUCCCACAUUUCUCACCUCUGAUUGCCGCCCCCCCCCCCGCCCGAAACAAAAGAAGAAUUGUAAUUUAGUGCGGAAAAUGCGUUUAAAAAGAAAAACCCUGGCAACGCCAAUGUAGCCCGUUAAUCAUUCUCAUUCUUGCAGGCUGCGGUACUGCGAGAGGGAAAGAGCGCUUUGCAACAACCCUGCAAUGUCGCCACCCCGUGAAAUAUUGUUGCGUUGAUAUCAAUAAUUUGUAUUGAUUUGGGGCUUUGAUAUUGUAUAUUGGGUUUCUAUUUCUUUCCUAAGCUGCUAUGGGCAUUCACUUGGAAGAGCGGAGUAGAAGUAUCCUAAAAUAAUAAUAAUAAUAAUAAUAAUAAUAAUAAUAAUAAUAUAACGGGGAAGCUGUUCUGCAGCAUCUCCUCUGCGUUUCUUAAUUACAAACCCUCACGCAAAAUACCCUUCAGACUGCAGGAAAGCCGAAUCUGCUUAAAUUGUUCCCCGAGGCGAGGCCAAAUCCUGUGCUCAGUUGCACGCAAAAUCCUGGGGCUCCGUCGAAUCGCAUGCAUGCAGAUGGCUGGGUGUGCUGCACUUUGAAAUGCUUAAUUAAAAAAAUGAAAAUAAAUACGGAACAACUCCCGAAUAAUAGUAUGAUCUCCUAUUUUUGCUGCUGUUUAUGGGGCGUGGACACUCCACUUCUCUGUCACACCUAACACUAAAAUCCUGCAUCAAUUUCCCCCGUCAUUUUCUAUCAGCUGCGGCCUCUUUCUGUCCAGGAGGGGACCGAAUAUGACGCCCGAAGUAAACCCGCUGGCAGCCUCCGCGUUCAAGUCUUUUGUUUAUAAGUCUAUAAUCUUCCUAUUGAGCGCAUGCGCUGCGCCGCGGUAAACGGCGAAGAAAACCGAGCGAAUCAUCCGCGCAUGCGCCGCUCGUGGACUAACGACAGUCAUGAACUUUUGAAUAUGAUGCGCUUUCCGUUUUACCCCCACCCGGCCCCGCCCCGCCUCCUUCCCUCCACCUUUCGGGGCCUGAUUGGUCGCUACAACGGGCCAAUGCCGCGCUACAGAACACUCCCGUUGCUGGGUAGAUUUCCUUCAAUAGGUAGGACGAGUCUGUCUGGCGACGUUUCUGUGAGGACCGAGAGGAGAGUGGAGGAAAAGGCUGACGGUUUGGCGGGUUGCUGUUAGGAAUGAACUGGGAUGACGUUUACUCGAAUGCAGGCAAUAGGGGAAAUUCCAGGCCACGAGUUUAGAUGAAGGGCUUUGACUAUUGUACCUCGAGCUGUUCUCCCCCCCCCCCCCGCACCAAAAUGGAAGAGGCCCACUCGCUUCCCUUCUCGCUGACGUCACUUCUGGCGCAGGCGCCGCAUUUCCGUUGACGCCACUUUUUUCAUUCCUGUCCGAACUCUCGCCUCACUUCCGCGGAGGAACGCAGCGGCCUUAAGAGAGUUUGGUCGCAGUGGGAGCCCGUAGCGGGCCGCGCGCGCAGGUGCGGUUUCCAGGGCGACCGAGGGACGCCUUGGUAUAUUUACAUACUGCAUGGCUUCCAAGUUGCCCAGAGCAGCGUCUCCCCCUCUCCCGUUUUAUCCUCACAACAGCCCUGUGAGGUAGGUUAGGCUGAGAGACAACGGCUUGAGCUCCAGAGCCCAGUUUAGUCUCGGCCAUUCGCUCCACAAUGCAGGAAGCCCGGGAAGCGUAUGAACCUGAUACGAAUAAAGCUGCACAGUGAAUGAUAAACUAUAUUCAUAAGGGAGUGGACAUUAAUGAGAAGAGACUGGAGGUUCAUCAACAUUGGGAGGAGGAGGAGGAAGGCCUGUUUCGUUUCCAUUUGAUCAUAGAAAGAGGGAAUUUUGAGGAAGGGAGGGAUGCUAUGAACAGGGAGAGGGGGUUGUGGGGCCAACUGUCAAAACAGAAGACAAAUAUUCCAGCUUCAUUUCCUAAAUAAAAAAUUAUUUAUCCCAGUGACACUGAAACUUUAAUACCAUUAUACAUAUGUGUGGGUGUUAUAACAGCAAUAUAAGAGCUUUGGAGCCUGUUUGAUCAGUCUCAAUAUGCUUGAGACCUCUUUGAAAUCAGUAGCGUUCAGAGUUAAUGUAUAUGCAUGAAAGCUUCAUGAAGAAAGUGAGUUUUAACUCUGUUGUUCAGUAAAUUCUGACCCUCUCUUUUGAUCUAGCAGACUAUGGAUGUUGUGCUCAAGAACAAGUGGAAGCAUGGUCUAUAAUAGCUUCAAGUUAUUUGUCUCUUCCUCGGGGCUAUGAGCUAUCCAUGGAGCCUCCAGAGGUUGAUGUCUAGUCCUUCCCCAACUGAGGAAUGGCAGUAAGUAGAGCAUUCUUACUCUGUAUUCACACUGCCCUUCACUUCACUUCUCAAAGUGCCCCAUCUCUCCUCUCCCAGUUUGACAUGUGACUGAACUGAAUUUAAUAAAUCUACUUAUGAAUCAAUGAAGACUGAUUUGAAAGCCAUGUGUUAAAAGUCGAACAUUUUGAGUUUGGAAUAUUGAUUAUUGUGGGAUGCUGUCCAUAUAAGUUUUAGUAUGUGAUCCUCUGUGCCUCACAGAUAUUUGAAGGUUAGAAACUCACUAAACAGUACUAUCUCUGCAGCUGCUGCUGCUGCCACCACUAAAUUAAGAGGAAUCACCUAACUUCCAAACAUGUACUAACCUAUGUCAGAGAAGCUAUACACUUGGUGUAUAUGCUUCUGGUCAGAGGUUAAACAUUCCCUCUGCCAAUUUUCUGAUAUUAAGAACCUUCCAAUUUCCCAGAAGGUAUUUCACGUUAAGUCAAAAGCUGUAUUUCAGUGCUCAGCCAUGUAAUUCCUUUAUAUGCUCUUCUUCCUCCACACCACUCCAUACUGUAAACGUCCCUUCUCCUUUGGCUUUCCUCCCCUUACAGACUCCAUCGCUGAACCCUCCACCAGACCUCCCUUUUGCCACAACCUUAUUCCUGCCUCUCCCUGCCAUCGUUUUCUUGGUCGUUGGAUCCUACUUAAUACUCCUGGCCCUGGUCCUUGUCCUCCGACAGUGCCUGAUGGUAACUUGGGGAAGGGAUGGCAAUAGUUGAAAGGGCAAACACAUUUGGGGAUUUUUAUAGGUGUAGUAAUGAGAAUAGAUCUAUCUUUUCCAUAGUGCAUUACAGCAUACCAUAUGACAGUGCAUUAUGGGAGCAGUAGUCCUUUGGAGAGCAAGUAGAAAGGGGUAACAAAUUCACAUCGUUAAUAUUGUGUGGUUGGUGUUCUGACAAUUUUGGAUUGCUUGCAAUCAAUUCCGUAACAAAUCAUAGGAGCUCUAGCCUACGAGAGAUGAAAGGAAUUGCUUCUUAACUCAGGUUGCUUGGUUUCCUUCUCUUACCUCUUCACAGGCCCGGGGUCUUUGUGCCAACUGCUGUUCCUGUGAAAAGCGGCCUUGGCCAAACAUGUGCGAAUGCUGUUUGACCUGUGCAGAAUCAUGUGACUGUGCCCUUCCUUCCCCAACCCGCUGUAUGGAUCGCUACUGCACCUGUACUAAUGUGAGUUUUCCCUCUGGAUAAUUGAUCAGCUUUUUGGAAAUACCUGAGACUAGUUCCCCCUGGGGUCAUUUGAAUACAGUGGUGCCUCUGGUUACUUCCGGAGGUCCGUUCUUAAGCAAAAACCAUUCUUAACAUGAGGUACACUUUUGCUAAUGGGGCCUCCUGCUGCUGCUGCAUCUCCCACUCACAUCCCAGGGCAAAGUUCACAACUAGGGGCAUCUAUUUCCGGGUUAGCGGAGGUCAUUACCCGAAGCAUUCGUAAGAAGGACGGUACGUAACCCGAGGUUCCACUGCACACAGCAGUGUCCAGGUGGAAAGGCAGUCCAGGGCUUAGCAGAUGAAAAUGUGGGGAGUGGCAAUGACUGGCCUUCAUGUAUGUUACACAUUUGGGGGGGGGGGGACUUAUUUUUUUGUUGGGGGGAGGAGAAGGGUGAGAGGGUAUGGUUGCAUGCUCUGUUACUCUGUGCUAAGAGGAGAGAGAGAGAGAACAAUUCAGAGCAGAAUAAUACCUUGGCUUUUUAGAGCAAGGAUGGCAAACCUGUAGUUUUCCAGAUGUUACUUAUUUAACAAGAUUUAUAUAGCACUGAAUUUUAAAAAUCUCUAUGCGGUAUGCAUAAAUCAAUAUAAUAUAUUCAUAACAGCACUCAUCAAAUCAAACUUAAAAAUGGGUAGACAUAAAAUUUAUCAACAUGUAUAGGAUUAUGCUGCGUAUUUUGAAUUGUGCGGCAGCUCUACUGUUUACCUGUGUGUGGUGUGUUUGUGGAUGUGGCAAUGUCUGAAUGUGGAAUUAGAUCGAUAUUCUGAGCUGGAGAGUGCAUUUCCUAUGGAUCUCUAAUUCUACCUGCAUGAGUAACAAAGCCAGCAAGUUAGGCAGUAGCAAAGAUGUGGUAUUGCUGGAGAGAUAAUAAGCUACCUGAAUAGUUUCAAGCAAAGAGGCUCUUGAAAACAGCAGCACUUGUUAUUUACUAAAGCCCAUACUCCUUAAAAUCAUAUGCCAACCAAAACAGUAUAUAUAAUUUGAAAGGAGGAGAGGGACAGGCAAGAGGGAUCUGUGUGGGAGGAAGAAAGAUGAACAGGGUAGACCGACACUUACACUUUCUUUAGAGCUUGUCAGAGCUUCUCCAGGGAGGCUGUGACCUGCAUGUUGAGAAACAUUGAACUUACAGGUGUUCAGAGUGGAAAAAUGUCAAGGCAACCUACCAUGAUAUUCAGACCUAUCCUUUGCUGGUAUCUUAUCUUCAGACAAUGCCUAUUUAUUAAUUUAAAAUAUUUAUACCCUGCCUUGCAACAGUCUUGUAGUAAUCAUUAUUCAGUAUUUCCCUGAGUCCAAGUUUAGUGAAGGAUGCUGUAACAUCUUGAUGCAGGUAUUUCCAUAGGUUAACAGUGUACAAUUUCUGUCUCUUACCAGCAGGGCUGGGAACCAGGGGCUUGUUCCUUUCCUCGCUUGUGUCCACUCUGCGAUUGUGCCUGCACAUACCAGCCCCCAGACUGCCAGAACAUCAAUUGCAUUUGCUUUGAGAUCAAACUGCGAUAAAGAACUCAAAAUAACAAAAAUAUUAUGUCUGUGAUUUGGGAGUGUGGGAGGAUUUGGAAGUCUCCAUACCAGUGGUGGAUCCUACAAGCGGUGGACAAGUAAAAAGGGAAGUUAGUUGCUCAGCCUGACAUAAUUAACUUGUCCUGAUGCAAGAAGUUUUGAAACUGAGCUUUUUCUUUUUCAUGUUGAUUUUUCAAGUGCUUUUGUACUUUGUACUGCAUGUUUGAUAUUAAUGUUUUUAUAUGAAUUGCUGCAUUUUAUAAUAAAGCAGGUUGAGUAUCA